ACAAACUGGCAAUUCACCUCACAACAUCUAAAAUACAACUUUAAAAUAAAAAAAAUAUUUUAAAAUAUUGGAAUACUAAGACCUAAAACUAAAUCAAAAUGCAUCGUUCAAUAUUUGUACUCUUCAUCACCAUCACUUUUCUGGUAUACAUAUCGAAUGGCUUGUACAUUAAGACCGCAACUGAUAAUCAAAGUAUCAAAACUUCAAGCAAUAAUAAUAAUGCUGAUGCUAAAAAUAAGAAUGAAUGGAGUGUUUUUAAGCAAAAACUCGGAUUAACUAAUCAAAAAGUUGAAUUACUUAAGUCGCAAAAAGACCAAGAGGGAACUAUGGAGUUAUUGAAUAGAUUUAUUCAAGAAAAUCCUAAAUACAAUACAAAUGCAGAGGCUACCGAGGAGCCCAUAAACACAGAACCAUCUAAUCACUUCUUACAAGUUUAUCACAAUAUUCUCAAACAGCUGAAACUCUCACGCAGCACAUUGAAGACUUCACUCAAUUUCGAAUUGGCCGAUAAGCCACAAAAAAACCUUAAACGUUCUCGCCGCAAGAUUGCUGUUAAAAUGGUUUCCGAUAUGCCAACUGAAAAAAUCGAUGAUCUACUUAAAAUGUUCAAUGAAAAACAUGGCAUUAAUAAUCAAGACAAUGACGACGAUGAUGUCGAUGGUGACGUUGAUGUUCCAGAAGCUGAUGGCGACUACAGCGAUUUUCCCAUGAAUCUACCCUCAGCUAUGGAUCCCGAUUAUAUGUAUGAAAAUCUCUAUGAAGAUGAAGAGGAUCUAGCUGUGCCAGCUAAAUCACAUCACAAUUCUCAAUAUGGAUCUUUGCAAGAUUUAAUACUGCAGGCCAGCCGCAAUCAAUGGCAACGAGAAAUCGAAGAAACCAAAUUGCGCAAUCGUAAUAAUGAGCAUUUCAUUUAAUCUAUGAAUGUUUGUUCUUCAUUAUUCGAAGUAAUCAAGUGCAAUAUGCUUUAUGAUACUCAAACACAAUGAUCAUCAUUAAUCUUAAUGGUCAUAUGGAACGUGUAACACGUUGAUCGUUGUUAUUAAUAAAAGAUAAGCAAUACGCGUUGAUGCUAUCUGACUUUGUGACCGCCUAUCCAAUGAUUCGCUAGACCGAAUCAUUUGUUUAGUCUCUCUACAUUCAAACAUCUCUACUUAAAUACUUGGUCGUGAAUGGCAUCUAUUUACUGAAAGACUUAAGUCCAUUUAAGUUGAUUUAAACAAUUCACACAAAAACCGAUAUUAUAUAUUUUUUUAACGAAAUAAGUAGUUUUAAUUUAUUUAUUAUUUAAU